GGGGCACCUUGGGCCGGAAGACUCCGGAGAACUAGCGAGGCCUCCGGGCUUCGGACCCACCUCGCGGUGUGGUUUGCACUCCGCGCGGGGCGUCGAGCUCCGGGCGCUGAGGGCCAUGGCUCCGCUUCAGGCGCCCAGCCGGGAUCGUGCAGGCCACGAGGAUGAGGACCGCUGGGAAGCACGGGGGGACCGCAAGGCCCGGAAGCCCCUGGUGGAGAAGAAGCGACGUGCGCGGAUCAACGAGAGUCUUCAGGAGCUGCGGCUGCUGCUGGCCGGCACCGAGGUGCAGGCCAAACUAGAGAACGCCGAGGUGCUGGAGCUGACUGUGCGGCGUGUGCAGGGCGCGUUGCGGGGCCGGGCGCGGGAGCGGGAGCAGCUGCAGGCCGAAGCAAGCGAGCGCUUCGCCGCUGGCUACAUCCAGUGCAUGCAUGAGGUGCACACGUUCGUGUCCACGUGCCAAGCCAUUGAUGCCACCGUCUCAGCUGAACUCCUGAACCACCUGCUAGAGUCCAUGCCGUUACGAGAGGGUAGCAGCUUUCGGGAUCUGCUGGGAGACUCCCUAGCUGGGCUUCCUGGAGGCUCUGGGAGGAGCAGCUGGCCUCCGGGGGGGUCUCCAGGGUCCCCGUUGUCCAGUCCCCCAGGUCCCGGGGACGACCUGUGUUCUGACCUAGAGGAGAUCCCGGAGGCUGAACUAAAUCGGGUGCCCGCUGAGGGGCCAGAUUUGGUGCCUACAUCCUUAAGAAGCCUGACUGAAGCUUGCUUGGCCCAGAAUGUGUGGCGGCCUUGGUGACCAACGCCUUAAGGAUGAUGGGCUGCCAUCCUUAAGCCGGCUCCCUCCCUGGGUAUCAGAUGAGGCAGAGACAGCCCAGGAUGCCCCCUAGGGAUGCCCUCCUCACUCUUCCAAUGGAUGGCUUGCAUGACAACCCUGUUUCUUGAGGGGAUCAAUUUCAUGGACCCUAUAGCUCUGGAUGGGGGUGGGGGGAAGGAAGGGAGGGAGACUCUUAUAGCGCUGUCAGGGCUCCUCCACAUUCACCUAUUCCUGCCUUUUAGACAUUCUGAAUGGCCUAGGGCAGAAGUGACCAGUCUUCUAAAUCACAAAAGCUGAGCAUUAGUGUCCUGGGCAGGGACACGCAGGCCAUAGGAGUCCUGACCUGAAUAGAAGGUUAGGUGUGCUACUUUGGCUAGGAGACCAAAGGGGGCAGGCUCAUGCUGAAGUGUCACUGACAGCUGCUCCCUGUUUGAAACACUUGUGUGUGUGAAUUUGGUUGCCACCAGAUGUGCCAAUUGAAUGAAAUAAAGAACCUGGAGAUAGU